ACUAUGCAAACCAGGAAAUGAUACAAAUCUUGGCUCAUCAUAAAGAACAGUUUGAAAAAGCUAGAGAGAUUGUUACAUUAAAAAACAACCUAAUCAAAGAACUUGAAAUGAAAUUAGAAAAUGCCAAAAUGGAAAUUUCAAAUAAAACUUGUCAGUUUGAGCAAUUCAAAGAAAUGCAUUCUAGUUCAACAAAUAUGAAUCAGCUGAAACAACAAAUUGAAGAGGAAAGGUCAAAAUUUGCACAAAUAAUGACCAAUUGGUCCCAAGAGAUGCGUCAAAUGAAAGAUAAAUUAUCUACAACAGUGUCUGAGUGGGAAAAAUUACAGGCAAAAUACGCAAAAGUGAAACAUGCUGCAUUGGGUUACAAACAUGCCAACCAAAAACAACAUAUAGUUUACAAUGAAUUAUUGGUAAACUGUGUUCGUUUCCUAGAUGAACUCAAAACUAAAACUGAUGAGUUGUUGACACACAGAGAAAAUGAAAUCCAACAAGCACUUGAGGAAUUUGAAAAUGAUUGCAAACAAAGACGAUUAGCGUUUAGUAAUCUUAAUAAAUUAUCAAGUUUUAACACUAGUUAAUAAUUUGUGAAAACAAUCAUUCUGUAUUAAUAAUUUUAUG